CGACGACGACGAGCAGCAGCGAGCACCGCUCGCUCGCAGGCUGCCGUUCUCUAUAAACAUGGCAUCAAACGUGAUAGGGAGGCUCGCGCGGCUGAGUCUUUCCUCCGUCAGGACCGACAGAAAUGUUUUCAGAUACUCGACUACUGCGGUGUCGGAGACUUCCCUCGAGAGCUCGGCGAGCGAACCGGUGAGCGUACCUCCCGAGGACGCUUCCGUUUUCGGAGACGUGGACUCGUGUACCCUAUUGUACCAGGAUGCGUUAGAAUCUUGGGUGGAGACGUUGAAGGUGAAAGAGAUCGCCUCAAAAGUCGGAACUACGUACCUUCAUCCUGACGUUUUCGGUGCCUUUCCGAGGACGGAUUUAUUGCACUGGAAUUGUUACUGGCAGAAAAUGUAUCGACGCAUUGAUUGGGGCUCUGCGAAAUGCACUUUUGAAAUGAAAGGCGGAGGUCGUAAGCCCUGGCCGCAGAAAGGUAUGGGCAAAGCGCGUCACGGCUCGAUACGAUCACCCCUGUGGCACAAGGGUGGCAAAGCCUUAGGCCCGCGAGGUCCGACGUCGUACUACUUCAUGCUACCCUACACGAAACGAGUCCACGGACUGCAGGCGGCUCUCUCAUGCAAAUUCGCCCAGAAUGAUCUCCGUAUCGUCGACAGCCUCGACUCUCUACCGACAGACGAUCCGAAGUUCCUCGAGGAUCUCUGCGAGCAGCGGUAUUGGGGGCCUUCGGUACUCUUCGUGCAUGAAGACGAGCUAGCACCGCGGAAUCUGACAAUGGCCUGCGACUCCGUCGGCCACCUGAACAUAAUGCCGGUUUUCGGACUCAAUGUCUAUUCUAUGUUGAAGCACGAGACCGUGGUGCUAUCGUUGAAAUCUUGCGAGAUGAUACAGGAACGAAUCAUAUACGCUCUGAGGAGGUCUGAUGCCCAUCUAGUAGACUCCAAGUACAAAGUCAGACCCAUUAUCGAACGGACAGAGCAGCCACGCCCUCUCUGAAAGCGGCUCUUGUCGCCGAAUAGACCGCUCGAGAGGGAGGAAGUCCUCCCGCGACCAUGAAGUUCGCGAAGCGUACGAUGAUGUCGUCACGCGUGAUAGCUUACAAUAAAAUCCAGCUCUGCGGAAAC